AUGUACGCGGCUCUAAUGGACAUGAGCCAGAUGCUGGCUGCAAGCCUGGCCUAUGCGCCACUGGAGUCAAGCGGCGCUGCAGCUGCUGCCGGUGUCAACUUUAGCCAGCUCAGCAAUUCGAGUCAGUUGGAUGGAACGACAAUGGCAACGGUAGCCUCAACAUCAACGGUGGGCACGCAUAAUGCCAGCGGCGAGGAUUCUUCGUACGUUAAGGUAUUGGAUCGCCCGGAGACCUAUAUCGUCACCGUGAUCUAUACGCUCAUCUUUAUUGUGGGCGUGCUGGGCAAUGGCACUCUGGUCAUCAUAUUCUUUCGCCAUCGUUCCAUGCGCAACAUACCCAACACCUAUCGUUCGCCACUCCUGCCCGAUAACAUCUGUACACGUGAUCAGCUCUUACUGAAUCUCUGCAAAUUCUUAUUAGGUCGUAAAUGGCUUAGGGACGUUAUUGAUAGUUACAUUCUCUCUCUGGCGUUGGCCGACUUACUGGUCAUAUUGGUCUGCGUCCCUGUAGCCACAAUUAUCUACACGCAGGAGAGCUGGCCCUUUGAGCGUAAUAUGUGCCGCAUUAGCGAAUUCUUCAAGGACAUUUCGAUUGGGGUCUCCGUCUUCACAUUGACUGCGCUCUCUGGCGAACGCUAUUGCGCCAUUGUCAAUCCGCUGCGCAAGCUGCAGACGAAGCCGCUGACUGUGUUCACGGCCGUGAUUAUCUGGGUGUUUGCCAUUAUGCUGGGCAUGCCAUCUUUUAUAGUCUCUGACAUCCAGAGCUACAACAUAUCCACGCCCAAUGGCAACAUAACCAUCGAAGUAUGCUCUCCAUUUCGAUCCAAGAUUUAUGCAAAAUAUAUGGUGGUUGCCAAGGCGUCCAUCUACUAUUUGGUGCCACUGUCCAUCAUUGGCGUGCUGUACAUCAUGAUGGCCAAGCGACUGCACAUCAGCGCCCGCGACAUGCCCGGCGAGCAGCUGAGCAUCCAGAGCCGCAGCCAGGCGCGCGCUCGCCGCCACGUCGCACGGAUGGUGGUGGUCUUUGUGGUCGUGUUCUUCAUUUGCUUCUUUCCAUAUCACGUAUUCGAGCUGUGGUACCACUUCUAUCCAACGGCCGAGGACGACUUCGACGACUUCUGGAACGUGGUGCGCAUCGUGGGAUUUUGUACCAGCUUCCUCAAUUCUUGUGUCAAUCCUGUUGCGCUUUACUGUGUAUCCGGCGUGUUUCGGCAGCAUUUCAACCGUUAUUUGUGCUGCAUUUGCGUCAAGCGGCAGCCGCAUCUUCGCCAGCACUCGACCGCCACGGGCGUCAUGGACACCAGCGUCACCUCAAUGCGUCGCUCCACCUAUGUGGGCGGCGGAGGGGGCGGACCUCGUGCCUCGCUGCACAUGAACAACAACCAUGGCGUUAGCGGAGCGGCGGGUGGUCGUGGUGGCAGUUUCCAUCGCCAGGAUUCGAUGGCAUUGCAGCACGCGGGCAGCAUCAAUGGCCACGCGCACAAUGUGAAUGUGGGCGCUGGGGUUGGUAUCGGACGAGCCUCCAUCAUCAAUGAGAAAAGCUUCAUCAAACGCUAUGACGAGCGGACACGUUACUAAAUUUUAAAAAACAUUUGAUGGUUUCGAUUGAUGAAGCAAAUCGAUCUAUCGUACUAUAACUAUAAGUUCUGGAAUUUCAGUGUUUAUAGAUUUAAAAUGUCGUU